CCCCCCCGUGCUCUGCCCGCAGGGUGCUACAAGAUCACCACGGUGUUCAGCCACGCGCAGACCGUGGUGCUGUGCGUCGGCUGCUCCACCGUGCUGUGCCAGCCCACCGGCGGCAAGGCGAGGCUCACAGAAGGAUGCUCCUUCAGGCGAAAGCAGCACUAAGCGGAGGGAGCUGCGAUGGCUGGGACUACGCGCACAGAUGCCCGCACAGCUCGCCGGGAGGAGAGGUGACCGCAGAACGAGACGCCAAGGUGUGACCUGAGCGUGCUGUCCAGGAAGGCCAGCCAGGAAUGUGACUGUCAUGCUGUCCCUGUAGCCCCACCCAUCUUGCUGUCAAUAAAUUUUGGAUAAAAUACA